AUGAGCAUUGACUUUUGGACAACCGUCGUGCCCCAGAUUUGCCGCAGUGAGCCAGCCGUGUGGGAUGCCAUGAUAGCAAUCAGCGCACUAUUCGAACAUCCAGAUCAGUGUCUAGAUUUCACUUAUCUACGGAAUUGUCACAAAAGGUCCGAGCCGCUCAACAAAGUACAGCAAGAGGCUUUGUCCUGGUACUCGCGUUCGAUAUCGAGCAUUAGUUCGCAAAUUUCUGGGAGAGGAGCAGAUCCAUAUAUCGCACUUAUCAGCUGCAUACUGUUCAUAUGCAUAGAGACGAUCCAGGGACGCGUGGAAGAGGCACUUCAGCUAUACCGACAAGGAGUAAGUCUGAUUCUUGAUCUACGUGUUCAAAUAAGCCAUGGAAUGGUCUCCACUAGCAAGAUUACUCUCCUGGAGGACACCAUCGUCCCAUUGUUUUUGCGUCUAUGCGCUGUUUCACUCUCGAUAUCAGGUGUCCAGCCAUGCGAACUUUAUACGGUCGCCAAGAUUGACAUGCCCGCUGUCUUUUCAUCCGUUGAUUCCGCGCGGCUUGUUAUCGCUAAUAUUUACACUGCUGCCCAACUUUUUGAACAUGAGGCAACAAAACAUGCCGGAGCGGUUGGCAGGGACGCAGCCAUUAGUCAAGAGAUGCUAGAUCAACAACAAUCUCUCAAGGAUCGACUCCAUAAUUGGUAUCGUGCAUAUAUGGCCAUUUGCCAGAAUCUCCAUGCCAGAGCAGCGAUGUCAAUCACUGUCGAACCAAUGCUGUUGAUGUAUCACGCAGCGUUGUUUAUCUUCGUCUCCGAGUGCCUUGCGCGGCAUGAGAAAGUCUAUGACAAUCAUCUUGCUGGAUUUACAACCAUUGUUGAACAAGCUAGUUUAGCCCUUGCUAGCACGACAGGGCCAAAUGGAGCCCAGCCGCCUUUCACCUUUGAGAUGGGCGUUGGCAUGCCACUUUUUCUGACCGUCAUGAAAUGUCGAGACCCAAUUCUACGGCGGAGAGCUUUGGAUUUGUUACGGCAAGCGCCUCCAAUGCAAGGGUUUUUUAAAUGCACACCUGUUGCUCAUCUGUCUGAAAACUUCAUGAAUCUUGAAGAAAGCUACGGCAUAGCAAUCAGAGAAUUGACAGGAGAUCAUUCGGUCGCUGUACCUGAAGAAGCUCGCAUAUGCCACUAUGGUGUUUUCAGGCCACAGGAUGGUCUCCCCCCAGGUAUCCUUGAGGAGGAUUGGGCCAGAUAUGGCUGUGGCCCUGGGCAGCUUUUCUUGAAAUUCUCAAGAAACCACUUUGACGCUGUCAACAAUACAUGGGGCUUGAUUACUCAAGUUGUUCCACUCCAAGCUUAA